GGAGGGAGGGAGCUUCAUCAGCAGGCGAUGGCGGCACGGCCGUGACAUCACCCCGCGGCUUAUAUAGUUGGGGAAGGGUCCGGGUCCCCCGUCUGGUGCCGGCGGUCGCUCGCUAGCACGCGUGCUGAGGGCGCGGAGCGGCGCGGAGCGGUGCGGAGCGACGGGACUGUCUCUGUCUGUCUGUCUCUCUCUCUCUCCGUCUCUCCCCAGGAUUUAUGGACUUUACUUUCUAAGAGAUCAGCGCGGCGAAAGGAUGAGAGCCCAGCUGGUGUGCGUGGUGCUGCUGGCCUUGGCCUCCUGCAGCCUCUGCUCAGAUUCAGAAGAGGAAAUGAAAGCGUUAGAAGCAGAUUUAUUGACCAAUAUGUACACAUCAAAGAUUAACAGAGCAAAACUUCCUUACUGGAAAAUGACCCUGCUAAAUGUCUGCAAUCUUGUCAACAACAUAAACAACCAAGUGGGGGAAACGGUAGAGGUAGACGAAGAGGAUCUCAUUUCAGGAAGACAGUUUCCUGCUGCUCUGGAUGGCUUCAGCUUGGAAGCAAUGCUGACAGUAUAUCAACUCCAAAAAGUUUGCCACAGUAGAGCCUUUCAGCACUGGGAGUUACUUCAGCAAGAUGCUUUUGAUCUAGAUAACUCAAGCCAAGACAAGGAAAUAAUGAAAAGAAAAAAUCCCUAUAUUCUGAAACGGCAGCUACAUGUGAACAAAGCUAGAAGACCAUACAUACUCAAGAGAAGUUCAUAUUACUGAUGCAGCAGAAGAAAACAAUGUAUAUUUAGUUUAUAGGUAACUGUGCGUUAUAGUUCUCAUAUUUAAAUAUAAAAUCAUACUUGUGUGAAAAUAUAUUAUGGAAAAUCAUCAAAAUGAUAACAUAACUGUGUCUUUUUUGCAAUUGCUGUUUCUUGAUUGUGAUUUUUUCCUACUUGAGAUUAAUUGGACCAAUACAUUUGCAAAUAAAUCUAGUUUCUAAGCAUGAUGUAUUGUACAAAACUGAGACUUCAACAUAUUUCCAACAAUAUUGUAGUCUUUUACUACUUUAUAAAGCACACUGACAUAAACCAAGUAAAUUGUUGUCCACAAACCAUACUGAGAAUCUUAACAUUUCUUUAUGCAACAUCUCAAACAUAUACAUGCUUGCAAAUUUUUGUAUAAUACACUAGUCAGAAAUGCCACAAUAGCCAGAAAUGCCACAAUAUUUUAUAUUUUAGCCAAUUUAAUUUAUUAGGGAUUAUAUCAAAGGAAGGUAUGAAAUACUAUCAGCUAACUAGUAAAUAGCAAUUUCAAAACUCAUAUUUUAAAUGGCUUGCUUGUAAAUGAAUUUUAAGAUCUUUACUCCUAACUUACCACUGAAGAGUCAUAAUUUAAGAAAACAAUACAUAAAUGAGACUUUAACAAAGUAUGCUACGGAUAAAAAACCCAGAUGUACUUCAAAGUCUUGUGUAUCACCAACUAAAUAAGGAAAACAGUUUAUUAAAUCAGUAAAAGAAUUUGCAGUGUUUAACUAAUCUAUGAAUGUUUAGGGGAAAAAAAAAGACAAAAAAUAGAAGCUGAUUCAUGCUCCUGUACUGUAACUGUUAAAGUCAAAAUACUAAUCUGGUAACAUGAGAAACUUGGGAGAAAUAUUUGCAAGAGGAAUUAAAAUUAGAACACCUUAAACUUACAAGUAAAAGGCAUUUGCUUCCUCUCCCUCUACAAAUUUGUAAUAACAACAGGCAGUUUCAGGAAUUAAAGACAGCCUUGGAAGCUGACAGAGAGGGAACCUCCCAGCAUGGGAAAAAUGUUUUCACGCCACUAGGAAUCAAAUGCACCUGAAAUUUACAGAUUUUCCAGCUCUGUGUCUGUGAUGUGUACAUGACAGUUGGGAUCUCAAAGAUCUUGGAUCCCACCUUGGAGGAAAACAAUCUGAAAGAACUGGGGGUUACAACAACAGUCAAAGUAGAGGAAUAAUCCAAGAUCAAUGAAGUCUGGAUGCUCAACCAGGAGGCAAGGAAUGGGACAGAUGUUGUUUUUGAAAACAUAUCUGUUUUCUGUUUGAGAUAGUUCCUCAAAAUAAUGCUGUUCCAACAAAUUGCCAGAAAAAAAAACACUCAGAGAAUUUUCCUAUCUUCUCACAGGUCAGGUUUUCUGUCAAUUAUUAUUAAACGUACACAGGGAUAGGCAUAGAAAAACAUACCCCUACCAAUGGCUACAGCAGCUUUGCUACAUGGGGAAGAAUGGUUUUUUUCCAGUAAAAUGUCUUUUUUUUUAACUAUAUCAAAGCUAAUUAUAUUUCAUUUUAUUAAUCAGUUUAUUUAUUUAAUAGCCACUAAGUGCAUGCAUUCACAAGAUACAACUAAGCAUACACUAAUUACUGUAAUAAUUGUUAUGUCUUGAAUACAGCAAAGCACUUAAGCACAUUUGAUCUCAAUGCUUUAAAUGCUUAAUGCACUUAAGGGCUUUGCUUAAAUAAGGUUCUAGUAGAUUCAUACCCUUUAUUUUUUUAUGAAACUGUUGUAGAAUUAGACUGGAGACACAGUAUGCUCUCAAGUGACUAAGAAACAUCCCUUUUUCCAACAAACCUACAAGGUCCCUAGUCCCAUUAUGGACACUUUAAAUUCUAAAUUACCUGUUGGUCUGAAAUAACAAACCAGAACAGAAGUUUGUUCCAAAAUUCACUGCUAGCAAUAUAUGAGGAAAAAAGAAAAGAAACUUCACAUCACUAUUUCAUGGGGAACACAGAAGAAUAAGUAAAAAAGAAAUAGGUUGCCAUGAUAUUUUUUUUUUUCUCAUGUUCAGUUUAAGAGUAAAAGUGUUAAAAAAAAAGAGUUGGAUAAAUUACUGUGGUUGUCAUCUGAUAGAAAAUGUUAAAAUUUUUGAAAACAAAAGCACCCUUCCAUGUUUAUUUUGGAGGUGAUUUAGAUAUUCAGGGUGAUGGUGGAGGACCUCAAAUGAUGAUGACUAACUGUUCCACCCUCAUCUAGUGCUCCACACUCAAGUGGGAUUUACCCUGUGACUGUGCACUUGUUCCCUGCAGUGCAGAGAUAACAGAUUAGCCCGACUGACUGGCUGAAAAUGGCUUAAAAUAAUCCAUUUCCUUUCAGCAUGCUGUGAAUCUGCACAUGGUCAGCUACUCUGUGUCACUGAAGGGGGCAGAGCUUAAAGUAUGGCAGGAGGUAGCUUGUUCAGUUGUUCCCUAGCCUCUGAUGAAGCCGUCAGAGAGAUGUCAUCCAGAGUGAGAGACAGUCUUAACUAGAUGAGGAAACAAUAUUCAUAAUUGCAACAUGGUCAGUAAAGCUACAAAAGCCAAUGCUGGCAUUUCAGUUUACUGGUCAUUGCUGAAAAGCAAGCAUAGCAGCAUUAAAAAGUUAGAAAACACACUUAAACCAUAUGAUUAAGCCAGGCGUACAGAGCUGUUAAGGGAUAUUUUGAUGGCUGGAGGAACUUUUUUUCUUGAAAUCUCCUCUCACUUCUAGCUGUUGCUACCUCCUGAUGACCUCACUGCUGUGGAAUUGCAGCCUUUCUUUAGCCCUCCUUUACGUAUGAUGGCAGCAAGAAAAUAUAAGCAGGUUUAUGCAUAUUUGUGUCUAUUUCACACAUUCUUGAAGUGGGAUCCUCAGGGUAUGUGCAUUGCCUUGCAGCAGCCAGGGAUGCUGAAUGAAGUUCAAGCUGGAGGAGAUCCUCACAACAUGUAGAUUUAGUAAAUUCAGACAGCUUUUCUCCUUUCCUCUCCUUUCCUCUCCUUUCCUCUCCUUUCCUCUCCUUUCCUUUGUUUCCAUAAUUGCCUUAAAUUUAAAAAUGUUGUUUUGAAGACCAUUAACUCAGAUUGCUACCUUCGCUUAAAGAACUGCCUCUUGAUACAAACAAUUUUGUUUUAUAGAGGCAAUUACUGAGAUAUUUUCUGUCUUUCUCUGUUUCUGCAAAGGACCAAGUUUUUCCUACAUAUGCUGAUGUUUUUAUGAAGUUCAUGAAUAAUUAUACCAAUUAUUCAGAAACUUUAUACUUAAGUAUUUCCUAAAAUAUUGGAUAUUGUCAUACAAAGCAAUUUCAGAAAUCUCUCAGUUAUUUGUAAUGUAGAAUUAAAUGUAACUGAGAUUUAAUUUGAUUUUAUAUAUUUUAAUAGUUAUCAUCCAUAAUCUUACAAAUGCCCUAUACAAGAAAAAUAAAACAUAGAGAAAUCAAUAAUUUUUAUCAUCUCUGAGGCAUAUCUUUGUUAAUUUUUCUUUAAAGGAAAUGUUAAAAAAUAAUGGUUACUGUUGUCAAGGUUAAAUGUGGUGAUAAAUUAAGUUGUCAGCUUUCUUGAGUCUUGCCUGCAGUAUAUUAUAAAAUUUGCUGUUUUCGUUCUUUUCUAUGAUAAGUCUAAACUUUGUUCUAUGUUUUAGGUAAGAGAUUAAUGGUUGUGAUUUGAACAGAGUGGAUGAAAUCUGGAGUUUGCAGAUUAAAAGAGAUUUAAUUUUGCAAUUCAUGAUUGUGGCUGUGCCUCAUACCCUAUUCUUGACUAACACACAAUGGAGACAUGAUAAUUUGUUCUUGAUCUUUAUUCUUUUUCCCCAAGAUUUGUUACCAGUUUGCAUUAUGUGGUGUCAAAUUAAGGAUGUAAGCCACGACUAUAAGACUUGAGUGUAGGAGGGCAGAAAGAGGAGCAGGUUCUUCUGAAAUUCCUUAAGGAUCCAGGCUGAUCAUUGGUGUCUCCACAUUCAAAAUAUUGGAUUGACUGAAGGCAACCAUAAAGCAAGGGUUGCAGAGAACCUGCAAAAUAAAGUGACUUCUGUGACAUAGCAAUAGAGUCAGAACUUGUACCUUGCUGUCCAGGUUAACCUUCACAAAGAGCCUGGGGAAUGAGAUUUUCAUUGCUACCAAAUUCAAGUACUCAAAAGUAAUGAAUGAGGCUGCAAAAACCUGCAAAAAGAUAAAUAGAUAGAUGACUAACUAACUAGCACUGACAUCUAAAUAAAGUAAUAAAUAGAUGUCAACUGAUUUUUAUUUCCUGGACUGCCAGGAAGUAUCUGAAUCACAUUUUUAAGCUUUGUCAACAAGAGAAGCUAAAACAUAGUUGUUUGUUUUUAUUCCUUGCUACUGAAAAUUGACAUGCUCAUCCAAUCUUUUGAAUGCAGCAGGUGUCACAUUAAGACAAAAAAGCACAAUGUUGAUUAUUAGAUUUCAAAACCUGGCAGAUCCAGGAUACUUGGAUGGAUCUGACACAUCCAAUAAUCAGACAGUAGGCUAAAAAGAGCUUUGUGGUACCUUAUCAUCCGGCAGACUUUGGCUUGCUGAAUGAUUCCUCUGAGGUAGCAAUAUGGGGAAAUGGCAUGGGAGCCACACAGGAACUUUUUGAGGGUGUCAGCUAUUAGGAAACAUAAAGCCUUCAGGAGCUGUUAGUUGCCCAACUAAGACUUGCUUUUCCCAACUAGAUGAGAGCAUACAGCUGUUGUCUCGGGAGACUCCUCACAUCCCCUCCCACAGAAGGAAAAGAUGGGACUAUACAUAACUGAACAUGAAUUACUAAGGAAUAGCAUUUGUCUGUUCAAGCUCCCAGUGGGUCAAGUACCAGUCUGUUUUGUCCUAAAGGUUACUGUGCGGUAUUAGUCUGGAACCAUUUUCUACUUUACUCUUGAAGUUCAGUUUAGGAAUCUUUGCAGGAUGUGUUUCUCUUAUGUCUACAUAAGGGGCUUCUCAGAGAGUCUACACAUUGCUUUCAUAAAUGACUGCCAGCAGCCUGAGGACCUCUGUCCAGAUGUAGUGUCUAAGCUGCUUAACAAAGUGUUAACAGUAGGUGAAUUAAAAACUUCUGGGUUUGUAUGUCAGUGAAUCUGAUCUUGAGAAUAGACUGGAAACAUCCUAAAAGACAAUCUUGACAUCAUUAGUGCAGAUUUUUCUGUUUCAUUAUUUAAAAAUCCAAGCUGCAAAACAUAUUUUUAUAAUAUUUUUAUAAUAUUUUAGAAUUUUUUUUUCCUUCUGUAAAUAUUUAACUCAAGGUCUAAAACAAAUAUGUACACACACACAAAAAAGAAACAAAAAAGGAAAAAAAAGAACUAGUAUGUGUUAUGUUGUCCAUCAUUUUCUUAAAGGAAGUUGUCACAGAGCAAUGACUUGGGAAUCAUUUUGUCUGGAAUGAAUCAUGUGGUUCCUCCAAAUUUUUUUUCCAAAACCAUAUUGUUAGUAUGUAUUUAAAGACAACACUUCCUAGAAUUUAAUAUUGUAAAGCCUUUUAUUAGGAUGCAAAAAACAAUUUAGUUAGUUCAGUGAAUAAUCCCUGUGGUUAAAGAAAAAUCUUCGUCCUAAAAAAUAAAAGGGUUUCCUAUUUUAUAGCAGGUAUAGAGAAGGUCUUAGAAAUAGUUUACUUAACAGUUCUUGCAUGAGUGAAAUCUGUUGGUUAUUUUUGUGUACUACCAAAUCCUUAGGGUAGUUGUGUAACCCAUAUACUGCAGUUGUUGUUGUAUUUUGGUAUUUUAUUUAAUGACCUUUUAAAUAAAGAGCUGUUUGGAACAGA